AAUUUGGUUUUGAGAACCAAAGGGAUAAAUAUCACCUUUUUUUAAUUUUAUGUUUACAUUAGGUGGUCGUGCUCUUUCUUAAUUACUCGUUACACAAGGUUAUGGCUGACACCGAAAGACCACCGCCCUUAGUAGAGGAGAUACAGGGUAUGCAAGUUAACAUCUUUCCCGUCGGUAUCGGGGAGAACGCCAAAUUAUCAGAGUUAAAUAAGAUGGCAAGUAAAGGUAGCACAGCACGCCACUUUGGAGAAUACGAGUCACCCGAGACGUUGGGGACAGCUGUCAUACAAGGUAUCGAGGGAAAGAACAUCUAUGAGAAAUACAAGGAUUACUUUACGACUCCUUAUUUCAUCUUUUUCCGCGACACGCUGAGCUAUCUCACCCUCCUUGGUCUUCACUUCGCCAUUUGCCUGUUCCCUUCAUCUGUUGCCUUCAGUCGACUAGAAUGGGCCAUUUUAGUUUUCUUCUUGGGACGCGUUGUGAUGGAGGUGGAUCAGUUUAUUAGUGUUAAGGAGGCUGGAAUGAAAGCACAAAAGCUGUGGAGGAGGAAUAGGGGUGGCUCCAGCUACCAAGUACGUUCACAUGAGGGUCACCAAGAGACAAAUGAGGCAGAAGAAGACAAUAUCCUGCGAAAGAAGCUUAGUAAUUAUUUCAGUGACCGUUGGAAUGUGCUUGACUUCAUCAUUCUUGUUUUCUACCUGAUUACCUUCAUACUACGCAUAAUUACAUGGAGGAACUCCACGGACGUGUCAGACAACAGACUCUUGGCUGUGUCAGAGUAUUUCUAUGGAUUUAUCGCCAUGUUUCUCACACUGAGAGCCUUUGGUCAAGUCAUAGAGGGCGUGCGGGGAGUGGGUGCAAUACAAAUCGCUUUGUUCUUUGUUAUCUGGGAUGUAAUGGCGAUAUUUUGGCAGUUUUUGGCAAUUAUUCUGGCAUUUUCUCUGGCUAUGACCAAGAUAUAUGUUGCUGAGAAGGCCUCUACCUUAGGAAAAGAUUCCGCGGAGGAUUUGGCAUGCAGUGAUUCCGGGCUAAUUUGUUGGUGGAACAUAGCGACACACCUUGGUUGGUCUUUACUGGGUUUAGCUGACCUGGAUAGGUUGAAUUCCGUCGACAAUCCUUCCGUUUCCCUUGUUCAUGUGCUGUACAGCUUCUUCUUAAUCCUGGCAGUUGUUCUUCUCGUGAACAUGAUGAUUGCGUUGCUCUCCAAUACCUAUCAGCAGGUUCAGGAUAAUUCACUGCAGGAGUGGUCUUUCAAGAGAGCCAUUACUGUAAGAACUUACAGCACCUAUCACCCGAUACCAGUGCCCUUCAACCUUUUGUCUGUCCCCCUGAUAAUACUCUGGAACCUAUGUUGGCGCGACACUCCUGCUUCGCGCGAGGGCGGACGGAGAGUAGCUCUGAAUAAAGUGGUGAAGAAACUAGAAAGGAUGUACUUCGGGAAAUACGGUUAUGAAUUUCCCCUCACAGAGGGGAAAAAGAUAGAUCACUUGGUGCAAGAAAAUGAGGGAGGACGAAAAUUGGCCAAUCAGAUAGUUCGGCAAGUAUUCCGACCGCGUGGAAACAAGGAGGAAAAACUUGCGUCUGGUCACAGAGCGUGGUAUGAUUCGCCGGGAAUUGCUGUCGAUGGCUGUCUCCUAACUUACAUGGGACCUAAUUUCUGCAACAUAUGCAAAAGUGGAAAUCGUAAGAACAUUCACAGUGCCAAGUUCAAGUCUCCCUUUACACCAGAGACACCAAGAUUCGAGGUACUUAUUCAGGAGACUGGAGAGAGACGUAUUGCGGCACUGGGUGCUGUGCAUGAGUCGUACGACUGUCACAAAAUGCCUGGCUGGGAUAGUGGAACAGUCGGUUACCACGUAGACGAUGGUAAAAUAUUUGAAACCGGCUUCCAUGAGCUGGGAAGAGAAGUCGAAGGAGCUAUGGCUUACCGCGGUGAUCUCAUCGCAUGUGAAGUUGAUUUUAGUGGAGUCCUCGAGGGCAAAGUCUCUGUGUUGUUCUUCUUGAAUGGUAGAGAAGUAGUGCGUUCUUCAGUGGAGUAUACAGAGGGAAAUAAACUAUUUCCUUUCGUUUCAUUGGGAUCUGAAGGCAUUACAGUGCUCACCAAGAUGUGCCAUCCCGACAGAGACCAGUUUAGUAGAGUGACAAAUGAAGACCUUCAGAAGGAAAUUGGAGAUCUGCGACGUGAUUUUCAGGAUCAACUUGACAAGCAAAGGAGGAUGUUAAUGUCAGAAAUGAGAGAUUUAGUACUGCGUUUGAAGGAAGUAAAGGAUAAAGAAGAACAAGAAGAAGAUACUAAGAGGCUGGACGGAGGAAAACAAAGAAGAUUUUCAUCUCCUCAGUAGUUGUUCGAGAACAUUUAUUCAGCUUAGGUGCAAUCUAAAUUUGUGUGAAUCCCUGUACCUUUCUUAAAAUUCCUCAAGUCUCGAAUGAAGAUAGCAGCAGAAGAGAUUUUUUUAUCUAAUACUAGACUAAUAUUUUUAUCGAAUGUAAGCGCGAGGCGGGCACGAAGGGCGAGUCACACGCAAGGAGAGAAAUAUACAUCUGUGCAACUUAUGCAUAUGUGAUCCCGGUGAAUAAAAUGAUCCUCAAGUAUGCACUGCAAUGAACCCAGGACAUUUCGAAUUGAUCGGCGCAUAAGAUCAUAUAGGGGGUAUUUACGUAGACUAUAGUUGGUGAGGUCCGUUAUACCAGUCGAAGAAAAAAUCAGCCGCAGAACUCUGGGAGUGAGGUGCAGUGCGCUGACAUCUUUAUUAUUUUUUUUUUCUCGUUGUUUUCUUUUUUAUCCCCGUAACGGACUUCGGUGUAUCUGUCACAGUCUGAUACGUGUCUAUUAGAAAAAAAAAGGAAAAAGGAAGAGCGCAUGUACACUUUUGAAUGAAUUGUAUUGAUGCUGUAAGGAGAAAUUAUCUCUUGGUCAUCCAUGGGAAUUAAAGGUUCCACAUUAGUUUUCUCUCUUACCUGAUAUUUCCUGGAAUAAAUGGGCUUAAAUAG